CCAUCUUCACAACAGCAACUUGACUUAAGUACCAACUUGACUCUUCUAAUACCCCAUCAUAUAACCAUCUUCGUACUUUUCACACCAAUUCCGUCAUUAUGAUCAACAUUACGAAGCUCACCAUUGUGGCCCUCGCUGCUUUCGGCUCAGUCCAGGCCCUGCCUCAAAGCAUCCCCUCAAGUACCUCCACUCCAGCAGCUCCAGCAGCCACGGCACCCGCAAGCGACCAAGCCCAACUCUUCCGUGACCUGUUCACCGCACCCACUGCGAUCAAGCGCUUCCAGCGCCUGCUGACCCAAGGCUCAACCCUCCUAACCGGCGAUGCCCUCCGACAACUCACUGUCUUCUCCUUCAACAACGCCACACCCGCCGCCGGCGCAAAAGGCGGUGCAACCAGAGCCGCCAACAUUGAAACAUUCCCCAUCCUCACCGGCCUCGGGAUAAGCACUACCCUCGGCUUCCUCGAGCCCUGCGGCAUCAACACGCCCCACGUGCACCCGCGCGCCACCGAGUUCCUCACCCUCGUCGACGGCGCCGGCCUGAAAUUCGGCUACGUGCUGGAGAACGGGCUGGUGGGCGCCGGCCAGAACCCCGAGAUUGCAGGCACCCUGAACAAGUUCGAGGGCACCGUGUUCCCGCAGGGCAGCAUCCACUUCCAGUUCAACGACAACUGCGACGCUGCUACCUUUGUCGCCAGCCUCAACAGCGAGGACCCCGGUACGAGCCAGGUGGCGCAGAAUUUCUUCGCGCUGAACAGUGGCGUGGUCAAUGCUACGCUCGGGUUCCCCAAGACAAUUGACGGCAAGAACAUCGAGGAGUUCAGGAAGCUGAUUCCGGCGAACUUGGCGCAGGAUGUUGAUGUCUGCCUGAAGAGGUGUAACAAGUAUUAAGUGACUGGUAGAAAGGUGUCUUUAUAGUAUAAUGGUGCGGAGGGGGGACUUUGGGUUUACAUGGCGACGGCGUUGGGGUUGCAUAUCUACUUCGUGGUUACUCUUGAAUAGUGUUUUGUACAUGUGUUGAGCUUACA